GAAACCAUGGACAAAGUUGUUCUCUUCCUGUCGCUCGGGAUGCUGGCCGCCGUCUCCUCCCAGCCGAUGACGGACAGCCAGCGAGUGUUCGCCAUCGCCGUGAGUCGAGUGCAACACCUCCACCUGCUCGCCCAGAGACUCUUUUCGGACUUUGAGGGUUCCCUGCAAAUGGAAGAUCAGCGUCAGCUCAACAAAAUCUUCCUCCAGGAUUUCUGCAACUCCGAUUACAUCAUCAGUCCCCUCGACAAGCACGAAACGCAACGAAGCUCGGUUCUGAAGCUGUUGUCCAUCUCCUAUCGUCUGGUGGAAUCAUGGGAAUUUCCCAGCCGAUCCCUCUCUGGCGGUUCUGCUCCAAGAAAUCAGGUUUCUUCAAAACUGUCUGAGCUGAAGAUGGGAAUCCUCUUGCUGAUUCGGGACAAUCAGGAAGGAGCUGAGAUGUUUUCUGAUAGCUCCGCCCCCCAACUGGCGCCCUACGGGAACUAUUAUGAAAGUGUCACGGAUGACGAGUCCUUGGGACGAAUGUAUGAACUGCUGGCGUGCUUCAAGAAGGACAUGCACAAGGUGGAGACGUACCUGACAGUUGCCAAAUGUCGACUCUCACCAGAGGCCAACUGUACUCUGUAGACCUGCCUUCUCUCAGUUAGCAUCUUGUUGGCCUGUAUUGUGAAUUUGACAUGCAACUCAAGUCAUGCAGUGAAAUAAAAGUGUUUGUGCUCUUGCA